AUGUUACAGGUUGUGCUGAUGAGCCCUGGCGAAGUGGCGAAGGUUCGCAUGCAGACUCAGAGGAACCCCCAUCCGUCCGUCACGUCUCCCCAGCCUGUUCCCAGGCCAAAGUACCGAGGGUCUCUGCACUGUCUGAAGGUGAUCGCCAAGGAGGAAGGUUUUGGGGGUCUCUACAAAGGCUGCUCUGCAUUACUCUGCAGGGAUUGCUCCUCUUCUGCAAUAUAUUUCCUUACCUAUUCCGCUCUGUGUGACUGGCUCACACCAGCUGGGAAAAAUAAACCAGGUUUCCUCGUUGUGCUGCUUUCUGGCGGUUUUGCUGGAGUCCUGGCCUGGGGAUUAGCUACUCCCAUGGAUGUCAUCAAAUCACGGAUGCAAACAGAUGAAUCAGACCAGCACAAGUACAAAGGUCUCGUCCACUGCGCUAGAGAAAGUGUCAGAAAGGAGGGUGCAAAAGUGCUUUUCAAAGGACUGGGUUUGAACUGCAUUCGUGCCUUUCCUGUGAACAUGGUGGUGUUUGUAACGUAUGAAGCUGUACUGAGAUUUACAGAUCAUUAUACAAACAAAAAAUAG